AUGAGUAUCGAUGAUGAAUGGCUAGAAAAACAAGGUUUGUUAAUUGAUCAAAAAGAAAAACAAUGGUCAACUGAUACUAUUAUUAUUUGGUUAAAUAAUUCUACUGAAAAUUUCGAAAGAAAAUAUGAAUCUAUGGUAUUUCCCAAUGCAAAAAUAUUCAAUAAUAUAGGUGAAUGUCUGGAGUAUAUUACUAAUCUUCAGAAUGAUAUUCGAAUUUAUCUUAUUGUUAAUUUUUUAUCAUCGACGAAUUACGAGAAAUUUGAACAUCUUUUAUCGACUCUACAAUUACGAAAAAAUGUACAUCGAAUUUAUUUCCAAUAUAAUUCCAAUGAAAUUAGACGAAUGCCUGAAUCGCUUAAAACAAAGAAUAUCAUGUCACCUACAGAAUUAAAACGUGAAUUAAUUUCGAGUGAAGAAUAUGCAUCGCUUGCUUUCAACGUGAUUAACAAAGAAAAUACUUGUUUAUCAUUAAAUGAACAAAAAAGAAACGAACAAGAAGCAGGUUUCAUGUACACAUGUUUAUUCAAACGACUCAUUCUCGAUACCAAUGUGCCAGUAAAUGAGGAAAUUGAAAGAGAAGAAAUGCUUUCUUAUUGUAGAAAAUAUUUUGCUCGAAUCAAUAAUCAAUCGGCGUUGACAUUUCUCGAUAGAUACGAACAAAAUGAAGAUAACCGUUCAGCUCUUUGGUGGUAUACUUGUGAUGGAUUUCUUUAUAAAAUGCUUAACGAAGCUUGUCGUGUUCAAAAUAUAAAAACAAUGUAUGCAAUGCGUGUAUUCAUUCGACAUCUACAUCGGGAAAUAGAUCAACUUUCCUCAUUAGAAUCUCAUCGACAACAAUCUGUCUUCACUCUUUAUCGAGGGCAACAAUUGACGACGUCUGCUUUUAAUGAAAUUCGGUCUAAAAUUGGUGGACUUUUGUCAAUCAAUAGUUUCUUUUCAACUUCUUUGGAUAAACAAAUAGCUCUUUUAUUUGCUGGAAUAUCUGAUGGAAUUAAUACGGUAUCGGUUGUAUUUGAAAUUAAUAUACCAAGGACAAAUACAAAAAUAGGUUCUUUCGCUGAUAUUGAUUCAGUUAGUGCAUUUACUGGAGCUGAGAAAGAAUAUCUUUUCUCGCUUGGAAGUGUAUUUCGUAUUGAAAAUGUAAAGGAAUAUCCCGAAUUUGGUAAUGGAAUUUGGUUUAUACAAAUAACACUUACUACGGAUAGUGAUCUCGAACUGAGUACUCUUACAAAUUAUAUGUGGAAUUAUAAUUUACAGGGUCGUAUUGAUUUGAGUAGUUUUGCACGUCUUAUGUAUGAUAUGGGCAAAAAUGAUAGUGCAGAAGAAAUCUAUUCAAUCAUUCUAACACAAGUGUCUUCUCGUGAAGAUUUUGGUUUUGUUUUACAUCAAUUGGGAUGUGUUGAAAAAAUGAAAGGACAUUUGGAAGAUGCAUUGAAACUCUAUCAACAAUCCCUUCGAUAUUUGCCACAAUCAGAACGAGAGAGAAACUUUUCAACUGUAGCAACUCUAUACGCAAUUGCUACAGUCUAUUGUGAUCAAUGUAAUUGGGAUUCUUCUCUUGAAUAUAUUCAACGUGCUCUCACAGAAAUCGCUAAUCGAGAUGAAACAAUAAAAGCUCAAUCAAAAAUCGAACAAGAAUCAAAUUGUUUGCAUAUGCUGGGAACAGUCCAUCUUGAACAACAUCGACUUGAUGAUGCGAUCAAAUAUUUUGAACAAGCACUCGAGAUACGACGUCAAAUUUUACCAUCUCUACAUCCUGCUUUAGCUGUAUCAUACAAUGAUCUUGGAAUCUUAUAUCACAGACAGAAACAUUAUGAACAGGCUUUAUCUGCAUAUGAACAUUGUCUGGAAAUUCGACGACGCGUAUUGCCAGAGACACAUUAUGCAUUAGCAAUUAUCUAUAAUAAUAUGGCCAAUACUCUCUAUUGGCUAGAACGAGAUCAAGAAGCAUUAGAAAUGAGCCAACGUGCUGUAGACAUUAGUAUAAAGUCUCUUGGUCCUGAUCACCCGAUGACAAUGACCUUUCGCGAUACUUUCGAAGGUAUUUCUGCUUCAAAUAAUGAAAAUUAA